AUGUCAUCUUGUGAAACGAAAGACGCUUCAUCGCCACAAGCUGAUAAAAAUCAUCCAAGCGAGAAAAAUGGCGCUGGCGCCAUUGUAUGCUCCGAAAAUUUGUCGACUGAUCAAAAGGAUAUUAUAGAGGAAGCUUCAAAAUUAGCUUCUAAAUAUUCGGAGGCUAAAGAAGUGGUUUACACACCUCCGCCACCACCACCACCAACUCCAGUUCAACGUAAAGUGCACUCAAAACAUCCGGUAGAUGCCGACUCAUUAGAUGAUCAAUUGGAUUAUGGUAUUGAUGCUAUGCAGGCGUUCGACGAAGACCAGUCCAAGGGAAAUAAUACAUUUUUACCUCCCCCACCCCCUCCUUUGCCUAUAGGGCGCGUCCAAAAUAAAGUAAAUAAAGCUAGCGUCGCAGAUUUGGGAGCUAAUCUCAAAAUGGCGAAAUCCCAACUGAAACCAAUUGGAAAUAAUGUUGGGGCAAAUCAGAAUAAAACAUUGGACAUCAAAAGAAGCGAAAGCAUGGCUCUAAUGGAACUCCCAAAGAAGAUGCUUAUAAACGAAAUAAUAAAAAUCGCAGAACGCAAUAUUCGUGUCCAGAAGUUGAAGGAAAAGCAAAUGAUUACCAGACCAUCCGUAAUAUCUGUUGCUAUACCGUUGCCUCCACCUUCAAGUCUACCGUUAGAAAUACCGACAUCGCUCACAAAUGGCAGUGAAAUGGAGUUUGGCAGUGAGACUGCUAAAAAGACUGCAACAACGUAUGCGCAACAACAAACUUGUAUACAUCACCACCAUCACCAUGAUCACCACAAUGAGGAGGACGUAUUAUCAUUACAAGUUCUGUCAGCACGUUCGUCCACUCCUUACACGCAACCAAUGUCAUGCACAGCAGCCAGUUGUGAUUUGGAGAAUGUAGCUGAACAUGUUAGUCCCGUGAAAGACAGUGAUGGCAACGCGCCCAAACAGAACAUUCGAGAAAUACGCGAGACAUAUAAAGUCAAAAAGAUUCCAUUGAUUCCAUCGAAAUCGAUAUCUUCGUUGCCAUCAUCUAACAUAUGCAAAAAACAUUCCAAAACUAAAUCCGCAGCGAACUCAACUGGAAUACGCUACACUCGUGCUAAUCUUCUUAUCAUCCGCAACGAGAUAUCGGCUCAAGCCAAAACAAAACAACAAAUUCAAAUUUCAUCAAAUGGACCGCCAAUGAUGGUAAAUUGUGACGUUAUUGAGUUGGAAGCUCGUCUAAAACGACUAGCUAUAUGGAAGGACAAUGAUAAUGAUGCACCCAAUAUGAGUAAUAAUAAUAUGAAAUCUCGUUGCAAUGAUAUGAUGCCGGCGUUUGUUAAACGUAAAUUCAUGGACGAAUCUAUUAUUAGGAGUCAGCCACCGCAGCCUGUUGAGUUUAAGGAUCCAGCAAUAAUAACCAAUCAACGUCGUAUCGGCAGCGGUCGUAUACAACAUCCCAAAUGGUCUGUUAACUAUCCUCAACAACAAGAUACCAACCAGCAUCAUCAUUCAUCAUCAAAAUCUUUUGAAGGCUUGCAUGAUUUAGAUGUUCAAAAAAAUGACGACGAUAAACUUACUGGGAAAUUUAAAUUGUUACAGUUCUUGGAUAAUGGAAAAAUUAGCAAUCAGGAAGUACACAAUACGCAUCAUUCCGCAGUAUCAAAUAUUGUUGGUACUACAAUAAACAAGGACGGUAAAGCCAAAGAUCGUACGGACAUCGGGAAUUCUAAUUAUGUCAAACGAGUUGUGUCUGGGUUUUUAGUUGUGUCCAAUCCCAAGGAUAGAGAAACUGAGGACAAAUACGAACAACAUCAUAAAAAUCAUAAUGAGGAACCCGAGUGGUUUAGUUGUGGACCCACAUCCCGUUUGGACACAAUAGAACUCUGCGGUUUCGAUGAAGAUGAUGAUCACCAUUCUGAGAGAAACAGUAGUCGUCAUAGCAAAGGAACACUUGAUGUCGAUGAUGAUGAAAGCAAGGAGAAUCAAAACCAUCAGAAUGAAUCCAAGUCAAAUAGAUUGCGCAAGCUAUCUUCGAAAAGUGAUGCCAAUAAUAACAUUCAGACUCAUCAAAAAGACGCUAAAAUGGCUGGCACAUUAAAGUCACAUCACAAUGAAAAAAAAUCCCUACCAUUUCAAUAUGAUCACUUUUCUGCAAACAAUAAAGCACGCGCCCACAAUCUUUCCAACCAUCCUAAUCGCAACUUGAACGAUGUUGGUAAUAACAACCAGUAUCAGAAUCACAAUGGAAGUUCUCGCUUUUUACAAUUUUUUUCCGGCUGCUCUUCGAAUAACAACACUGGUGAGAAGUUGGAAAAGAGCGCUUCGUCUGCUUCGUUAAACGAAUUCUUUAAACAUGCCGUGAAUUCACAAAGCAAAACGGACCCAUUGCACUUGUUAAUGCCGCAGCAGCAGAAUGUUGUUACGUCGAAUGCUGGUUGUUCAGCUGGAAAUGUUAACAUUGCCGAAAUGACAUCAGUUGAUGAAUUGGAAGCCAAGUGGCGACAAAAUUCAUCGAAUAGUAGAAACAGCGAUAUUUUACCAAAUGAUGCCAAUAAUAAUAAUGUGAGUCGUGAUUCAGAAAAUUUCAAAAAGCUCAUUGGACAAUUGAAAAAUUGUGUUACAGUGAAUAGUAAUACAAAUUCAUUGUUGUCCAAGGGGACACAUCCAAACAAGGCACAAUCCAACAAUUUGUUUAAUAAUACAAAUUUAUCUAAUUUUAUAUUCAAAAAUCCCCAAUUGCAACAGCAACAACCGAAACCAACGCCUGGAGUUUCAAUAACACCUCAUCCGUUGCAGUCGACAUAUAGCAAGCAGAAUGCUUUUUUGCAGCAGCAACAGGCUGCUCUAAUUGCAAAUUUACAGCUAAAAGCAAUUUUAGGUCGUCCUGAAGCUCAGAUGUUGUUAUUGGGACUAGCUAAAGGUGAAAUUUCCAAGCAUGGUUUGCUUAUUCAAUUGGCCAACCCAAGAUUACCACAAAGAGAUCGAGAAGCUAUUACAGCAGUGCUCACUUUUACGUCUGCACAGCAACAACAGCAACAACAAUAUGAUGUAUUGUCAAAUAAUUUAUUAAUGAAUCAGCUACAAAAUCUCCAAAAUUUAGCUAUCGUUCAACAGACAAUUGCAGCCCAACAGCAACAACAACACCAACAAAUGCAAAACUCUGGAAAACGAACUUCAGGCAUUCAACCCAUGAGCCAAGAAGAAUUACAAACACAUGCCAAUUUAAUAAUGCAGAACGCUUUGAUUAAGCGGAAGCUUGAGGAGCAGACAAAUGUUUUGGGUUUACAGAAAAUUCUACAGUUAAACGCAGCAGCCCAGGUGGCAAAGCAGCAACUGCCCCCGAAUAGGAGUUGUAGUCAGCCUAUAAACCAAAAUAAUGGGAAUACUUCUCGUAGUAAUACUGGAAACCGACGUUUGCAAGCAUUACAAAAUCUGUUCAACGAUUCCAAUGGUAUGGUGGACAACAUUCAGCAGCAGCACAAUAACAUGUCCACGAAUGGCGCAAAUGCAACAUCUCGUUAUAAUCGCCACAGUAACAAUCCGGGAGGUAGACGAUCAUCAGUCCCUUCUGGUCAACAUUUAAAAUAUGCAACGGAUGUAGUAGAAAUAAAUCAACAACAUUCAAAAACUACCGACCAUCAUAACCACUAUCCGGCAAUGCAUGGUGGAAUGCCAAAUGUACAUUUGCAAAAUGUUAAGACAAAUAAGAUCCACAUUUCCCAACAACCAGCUGCAAUCAUAACUGGAGGUGGAAUGUUUUUACAAAUGGCGGACAGGAUAACUGAGAGACGUUUCUCUGUGAGCGCAUAUGAACUAGGAAAAUUCAAUCUGUGA